UAAAUAUAAUAUAUAAUAAAAUAAAUUAACAUAUGUGUCCUAAUUUGACAUUAAUUAUGCUGUUAACUUUGUUGGGACUUAGUUUAUCUUAACAAUGCACUUGGACAGAUGAGUCAGGAUACACUUAUAAUUUAAAGUCUUUAGAUAAAGAUGGAGGAUGGCAAUUGAAAGACGAAACAAGUGGUAUGGGGAUGUUUAGUAUGGUUUACAUUUUCAAUUUUUGUGAUUUUAAACCAAUUAAAUGUCAUGAUAGAUAGGUGGGAGCUAUUGAAGCAUUGGCAGUAAUGGGAUAAAUAACAGAGAAUUGUGAUGUAGCAGGAUUGGUAGAAACUUAAACAUUCGAACAUUUAGAUGAAAGAGAUAUAAAUAAAGGCAUAGUUGUAAAGUACACUUAAGGAGACUUAUGUAUGGAUCCAAAAUAACCAACAGGGGUUAUGCAACCUAGACAAGCUCAUUUUUUUAUUGAAUGUGGGGAUGAUGAUUCCACAUUCACAGUCUUACCAGAUAAUGAAUGCAUAGAUCAAUUCAAAAUUCGACAUCAUGUUGGUUGCAGAAAUGCAAGUAUCUAUUCCAUAUCAAUAAUUUAGGUUCUCAUUGGUUUCUUAAGUUCCUUUUUAUUAUUUGUUUAUAUUUUGGGGGUCGAUUCCUAUACAAUCGUAAGAAAUUGCAAAUAGAGGGAGAGGAAGCUAUCCCUCAUAUUCAUUUAAUCAAAACUCUUAUUCCUUAAGCCAGAGCAAUCUUUCAUUUUGGUGUAGAUAGAUUGCAAACUCAGGUUCAGAGAUUUAGACAUGGUGGCUAUGACAGUAUAUGA